CUGCUCCCGCAGAUACCACAGCGGAACACGCCAUUUUGAGAUAUCGGCCAGCAGUCCAGCAGCUAGUUGCUUGAAGGCAAUGUGACCGACACCUCGAAGUUAUGCCGAUCGUUUAGUCGUUUUUAAGGUUGCCGUCACGUUAUUAUUUUAACGUUAUUCCAACCGGUCCAGCAUUUCUUACGUAGAUUACUCCAACCAUGACCACCGAGGGAGCAGCCGACCAGGCAGCAGCAGAAUAUAUUCCGGAGAAGGUGAAGAAGGCAGAGAAGAAGUUGGAAGAAAACCCAUAUGACCUUGACGCAUGGAGCAUUCUGAUUCGAGAAGCACAGAACCAACCCAUAGAUAAAGCAAGGAAGACAUAUGAGCGCCUUGUCACGCAGUUCCCAAGUUCUGGCAGAUUCUGGAAACUUUUCAUUGAAGCCGAGAUCAAGGCUAAAAACUAUGACAAGGUAGAAAAGUUGUUUCAGAGAUGCCUGAUGAAGGUGUUGCACAUUGACCUGUGGAAAUGUUACCUCUCAUAUGUUCGGGAGACCAAAGGAAAGCUGCCCAGCUACAAAGAGAAGAUGGCACAGGCAUAUGACUUUGCCCUCGAUAAAAUUGGCAUGGAAAUUAUGUCUUAUCAGAUUUGGGUGGACUACAUCAACUUCCUCAAAGGAGUUGAAGCUGUGGGCUCAUACGCAGAGAACCAACGCAUCACUGCGGUGCGGAGGGUCUACCAGAGAGGCUGCGUCAACCCGAUGAUCAACAUCGAGCAGCUCUGGAGAGAUUAUAGCAAAUACGAGGAGGGAAUCAAUGUUCACCUGGCCAAAAAGAUGAUCGAGGACCGAAGUAGGGACUACAUGAAUGCCAGGAGAGUGGCCAAGGAGUACGAGACGGUGAUGAAGGGACUGGACAGGAAUGCGCCCUCUGUACCGCCGCAGAACUCCCCUCAGGAAGCCCAGCAAGUGGAAAUGUGGAAGAAGUACAUCCAGUGGGAGAAAAGCAACCCGCUGCGCACAGAAGACCAGACCCUCAUCACUAAGAGAGUGAUGUUUGCCUACGAGCAGUGCCUGCUGGUGCUGGGCCACCAUCCGGACGUUUGGUAUGAGGCAGCACAGUACCUGGAGCAGUCCAGCAAGCUGCUGGCAGAGAAAGGGGACAUGAACAAUUCCAAGCUGUUUAGUGACGAGGCAGCUAACAUCUACGAACGCGCCAUCGGGACUCUUCUGAAGAAGAACAUGCUGCUGUACUUUUCAUUCGCAGACUAUGAAGAAAGUCGCAUGAAGUACGAGAAGGUCCACAGCAUCUACAACAAGCUGCUGGGGAUCGAGGACAUCGACCCCACGCUAGUCUACAUUCAGUACAUGAAGUUCGCCAGGAGGGCAGAAGGCAUCAAGUCGGGUCGCAUCAUCUUCAAAAAGGCCCGUGAGGAUCUACGCACGCGCCACCAUGUGUAUGUGACGGCAGCACUGAUGGAAUACUACUGCAGCAAGGAUAAAUCUGUGGCCUUCAAGAUCUUUGAGCUUGGUCUGAAGAAGUACGGUGACAUCCCAGAGUACAUACUGGCAUAUAUUGAUUACCUCUCCCAUCUUAAUGAGGAUAACAACACCAGGGUUCUGUUUGAGCGUGUCCUCACCUCGGGAAGCUUGUCGCCAGAAAAGUCCGGCGAGAUCUGGGCUCGGUUCCUGGCUUUUGAGAGCAACAUAGGAGACCUGGCCAGUAUCCUGAAAGUGGAGCGCAGGCGAUUCACGGCCUUCAAGGACGAGUACGAGGGCAAGGAAACGGCCCUGCUCGUAGACCGAUACAAGUUCAUGGACCUGUAUCCCUGCUCCGCCAGUGAACUCAAGGCCCUUGGAUACAAGGACGUGUCUCGUGCCAAACUGGCAGCGCUGCUCCCAGAGACCGUGGUGACGCCCUCGGCGCCGGCACAAAAGGACGAAGCAGACCGCAAACCCGAGUACCCCAAACCUGACACCAACCAGAUGAUCCCCUUCCAGCCCCGUCACAUGGCCCCUCCAGGUUUACACCCUGUCCCUGGUGGCGUUUUCCCAGUGCCCCCAGCUGCUGUGGUCCUAAUGAAGCUGCUCCCUCCGCCUACGUGCUUCACUGGACCCUUUGUUCAAGUGGACGAGCUCAUGGAAACUUUCAGGAGAUGCACACUUCCUGAGACUGUUGAUGCUGCUGUAGAGCUUAUCACUGGCCGACAGCCCGAUACAGGAGGGGAGGGCAAUGGACCCAUGGAGAACCACGCUGUUGCCAAGUCACUAAAGAGGCCAAAUGCAGAUUCCGACGAAGAGGACGACAAAGGAGCCGUGGCUCCACCCAUUCACGACAUCUACCGCUCGCGCCAACAGAAAAGGAUCCGAUAAACCAACCAAAACACACACUUCACCUGUCAAGAAUGUAAUCAUAAGGGGUUCAGAUGGGGACGGGGGGGGGGGGGGUUCAUGUCCACAUUUCCGAGUGUGUCUGACAGAUUAUACAUCCGUUUAUCUCUGUACAGAAGACAAGCAUACAUGCACACACACACUCCCUGAGACAUGCAUACAGUAUGUUCACCGGGGUGUUUUUGUGGCUUCUUUUUGUUGAACAGUUUUUAUUUUUAAAGACUGACCAUUAUAUUGUACAAAAUUUUUAAUUAAACGGUUGACUUUCGCACACAGCUUAUUUUGGCCUUGUGAUGUUCAGUUGAUGGCAAAGUGGAAUCAAGCUUUUUUUCUUUUUUAGAUAACUGGAGUAAACAAUUCCUUUCAAUAAAAAUGGAAAAAAAGUUCAA